AUGGUUGUUCAGGGUUACAGCUGCACAUGUUUCCACUGUUUCUUUCUUACCCUGAUCAUUUUCCAUCCCUGCAGUAUCCGGUCCCUGGAGUUCUGGUUCAACCACCUUUACAACCAUGAAGACAUCAUCCUGGCACACUACCAGCCAGUGGGCUUCUUGUGCCUGUCUCACAGUGUGUGCCAGCCUCUUUUUGAGGAGCUCCUGCUCCUGCUCCAGCCUCUCUCCCUGCUGCCCUUCAACCUAGACCUCCUGUUUGAGCACCACCUGAUGCAGAUGGGCAAAGAGCAGCAGCAGCAGAAGGAGCUGCUGCGUGUGAAGCAGGACCUGCUGCUUUCCGUGCACUCCACCCUGCAGCUGAUGCGGACCCGGGGCAGCAGUGAGGAUCCUGAUGGCUGCAGCACUGCCCCUGAACCAUGCCAAGGGGGUGCCAGGAAUGGUGACAUCUCACCAGGCCACAGCCCACAGCAAGCUGGGAGCGGGAAGAGGGUCAAGGGAGUGGGGGCCUCCUGCGGAGAAGGUGACAGGGAGGAAGAGCAGAGCAAGAUGCGAGAGAGCACAUGGGAGGGGAAGAAGGACAAGCAGGCAGGCUGGUGGUACCAGCUCAUGCAGACCUCUCAGAUUUACAUUGAGAGCUCAGCCGAAGGCUCCAAGUUCAUCCGCUCUGAGAAGAAGAAGGCGGCUUUGAAUCCUGCGCCCAGGUCAGUGCAGACCCACAAGGCACCACCUCCCCGAGAAGGGGUGGUGGAGGAUGCAGAGGCUUGUCCCAUUGCUGAGGGCACCUUGGAGGAGAGGCCCAAGGUGGUCAGCAAGCCGAGUCCUGAAGCCGUGGAAGAGCCCUUGGAAAAGCCCCAGCAGGUUGUGGUUGGUGAAGAGGGGAAGGAACGGAGCUGGCCCUUCUGGAUGGGCAGCCCCCCAGACUCUGUGCUUACAGAGCUAAAGCGCAGCAAGGAGAAGGAGGCUCAGCAAAGAGUGGGAGCAGCAGCAGCAGCAGCAGCCCCUCAAGAGGAUAGCAGCACCAGUGCAUCAGAGGGCAGCCAGCCCAUCAAGUGGGGACACUUGUUUGGGUCCAGGAAGGUACAGAAGGAGCCCAGGCAACCAAACAGGUAAGGGCAGGGGUGGUUUGGGUGAGAAGCAAUGGUUAACCUUGAGUGUGGCAGUACAGGUGGAAGUCAGGCCAAGAACUGACUGCUGGGCUACACCAGUGUGGUACAUCAAGGGUCUGGAACCCUGCUCAGUCCUGCCAGCCUGCCUUAAUUCCUCCCAUACCCUUGCUCAGUCCAUCUCAUAGGCUCUUCUGCCUGAGCUCUACCACUGCCUUGGUAUCUAAACCCUGCGACAUGGCCCCAUCACCACCUCAUCCCUCUCAAAACCACAUGUUGAGAACAGAGCAUAGAGCCAUCGCUGUUGCUUACAACAGAUCUGGGGAGGCUGAAGUUGCCCCCAGUAGCUGAGACCUCUCUGCACUGCCUCUCCCUCUACGCACCCUCACUGCUCCUGGAAAUGACCACUGAAAAUGUCCUUCCCAGUCCAGGUUGUGGUGUUACAUCUGAGCCCUCCCCACCUGGAGACCUGGCCCACUGCCCAGCAGUGCCCUUUGUGCAUGAAGCCAAACCUCUAAGGUGUGACCUUGAUGGGAGCAGCUGCUCUGUUUCCUUGCGUGCACUUUCCUGCCACUGACUUCUUCUGUCUCCUGCUUCCAGGUUACCCUCUGACUGGCUGAGCUUGGACAAGUCCGUGUUCCAGCUGGUGGCCCA